UUGAACAUUGGUUCCGGUUCAAGUUUCUCGUGACUCGAUGAGGAAACAAACUCAGCUCAGGUAGGUGGGACCUAUCACUGUGCAGAAAUGGCUGCUGGGACUUGGACACAAAGAUGGCUUCGUGCUGAACUGCUGCUGCUUUGGAUACUGACCAACAUCUGCGAGUCCAGGAGUCUGCUGUCUGCCCCAGACGUUGUCACACUGGAAGAAUCCUCCCAGGCCUCCAUCAACGUUACUUCUAGUUGUGCUUUCAACCAGUCGGCUGUGAUUUGGUUAAAUGUGACCUUCAGCUCCAAGUCGAACUACUCAUCUAUCAUCACAUUACCUGAGCAGGUCUUGUUGCAAGCCAACACAACAUCUGCCAGGUUCAAUGUAAUAUCCCAUAAUGUUGGCCAAGUCACCACACAGCUGCUUAGCAACAACACAGACAUGGACAGUCCUUCAGUCCGGAUCCGCUUUACUGUGGUCCAUAGUAACGUUGUGUCCAUCAUCAGCCAAGUCAUUGGAUGGAUUUACUUUUUGGCCUGGUCCGUUUCCUUCUAUCCACAAGCCUGGCACAACUGGAAGAGGAAAAGUGUUGUCGGUCUCAACUUUGACUUCUUGGCUCUCAACCUCACUGGCUUCAUCGCCUACAGUGUCUUCAACAUAGGCCUGUUCUGGAUUCCUUAUAUAAAGGAGUUGUACCUGAAGAAGAACCCUAAUGGAAUUAACCCCGUCAGUGCUAAUGACGUGUUCUUCAGUGUCCACGCCGUCCUGCUGUGUCUCAUCUACAUCAUCCAGGCAGCUUUGUACGAGAGGGGGGGUCAGAGAGUGUCCCGGACUGCGUGGUUCUUUUUGGGUGUGGGUUGGACUUUUGCUCUGGUCAGCUUGUGUCUUGCUGCAGCCAAACAGAUCACCUGGUUGGAUUACCUGUAUUAUUUCUCCUACAUUAAACUGGGCGUGACUCUGAUCAAAUAUGUGCCUCAGGCGUAUAUGAACUAUAGAAGGCAGAGUACCAGUGGGUGGAGCAUUGGGAAUGUGUUACUGGACUUCACCGGUGGAAUCCUCAGCAUCCUUCAGAUGAUCUUAGACUCCUACAACAACGAUCAAUGGUUCCUGAUUUUUGGAGAUCCUACAAAGUUUGGUCUGGGUCUGUUCUCGGUGGUGUUUGACAUCCUCUUCAUGGUUCAACAUUACUGUCUGUAUAAAGCUCCGUCCACUUAUGAGCCCCUUACAGAACAACAGGAGUGACUGUGGUGUGGAUGGAAAACACACCUUGUAAUGAGGGAAGGGGGCGGAGCUCCACAACAGAUACAUGUAUGAUGAAUAAAGGGACACUCCAUAAACACACA